AUUAUAAAUAUUUUUUUUUUAUUUCCAACACGUUCGAUAAAACUGACAUCAUGAAAAUCAUUCUUGCAGACAAUUUCAUUAUGCCACAAGAAAUGUAUUCAAAUGUUGAGGCACGGACCAGACAUUCGAACCCCUACAAAUCCAUUCGCAGUGCAUCACAUAUGUGUGGGCAACAAGUGGAACCAAAGCAGAGUCAACGACUAUUACUACAUUUGCCACAACUUCUGCAGGAACUAAGGAUUUUACAGUUCCAAGUUGCACAUCAACAAUCGCAAACGACCGCUGCCAAAAGUGACGCGAAACCCCCACAGAAACAGGCAAAAUAUGGAAGGAAAAAACCUCAGGUGGUUCGAAAAACCACUAAUAUUGCUGCGGAAAAUCAACAAGUGAUCGCUUCACCGCUGGGCGAUCGCUAUUGGCUCAAAAUUUCACAGACGGAGUUAGUAAAGAGAUUACAACGAUAUUUAAUCGCACCGAAUCUGUUGCCCAUCUAUGGCUACCCAUUUGACAGUGCUGUCUACAACGGUAAAGUUGUAAUUUAUAAGAAGUUGCCACCCCGGUUUUACACAAAUAAGGUCAACAAGCCGAAUGCGCCCAACAACGAUGACAACGUGAACCCAGCUGACUUGGAGAGACAACACGUGCCCAAUAACGAUGAAGAGCCUAAGCAAUGCGUACGCUGUUCACGUCCUUUCCGCGUGACUACCACUGGCGACUAUAUAACGCGAGAGAAAUGUAUUUUCCAUAAAGGAAAGUUACGGAGGGUAUAUACUCAAAAGAAGAAAUACAACUUACAGUAUACAUGUUGUGGCGCCUCCAGAGAAUCAGUGGGCUGCGCAUCUAAUCCGGUGCACGUAUGGGCCGGUGUUGUGUCCGGCCUUAAUGGACCAUAUAGCGGUUUUGUACAUACACGCCAACUUACCGACGAGCCCAAGGUGUAUGCGUUAGACUGCGAAAUGUUUCAUACGGGACGUGGACUGGCCUUGACCAAGGUUACUAUGAUCGGCUUCGAUGGGCAAUUAGUUUAUCAGAAUUUUGUGCGUCCCGAAACGCCUAUUGUAGACCACAAUAGGCGUUUCUCGGGAGUUACUGACAGAGAAGUAUUCAAAUCAAAAAGACCAGUUAAGACGCUCAGCGAGGUGCAGCGUGAUUUGCUUCAGAUAAUUGACGCCAACUCAAUACUUAUAGGACACGGCCUCGAGAACGACCUUCGGGUCUUACAAAUGGUCCAUAAGACAGUUGUCGACACUUCGAUCGUAUUUAAACAUUCCAACGGUUUUCCUUAUCGACACUCGCUAAAGCAUCUGACCAAAACGUAUUUGAAACGUAACAUUCAAUUAGAUGGCCAGAGUCACGAUACUUUAGAGGAUACAGUAGCAUGUUGGGAGCUUAUGCUCUGGAAGGUGGCCAACGACAAACAGGAGGGCUGACAAAUGGAUCUCGAUUUUAAUGGCUAGGAGUACACUAUGUCUACGUUGGGUGCCCCAUUGUACUAGUAACGCUGUGGUGGCGUGGCUCUUCCAAACGAAGUAUGUUCUGCGUUGAAUUUCUCAUCGCUCUGAGGGCAUGUCAUGCUUCAUUAUUCGGCGCUGCUGCGUCAUGUCUCUCCACAUUCCAAAGGUGUUUUACCACGGAGUUUUGCCGUUCGUCGUCCUUCAAAUCACUCCACCGCAGUUCAAAAACUUUCGUCUUAGAAUAAUUGGCCUUACCCAAGGGAAACGUUUCUUUGUAUGAGUGCAUGAGAGAAAUAUUCGUUUGCAAUUACAUAGGUUCCUUCAGUAUUUUGAGUUCCGAGCGUUAUAAAAAAUUGAAAAAUCAUUAAAAAAAAACUCGACAGUGUACCUGAGGAAACUUAUGAACUAAUAAAAUCAAUUUGCUUUUUUAAUUUCAGAUGAUCCAGCCAUGAGCCAAGUGGAGAAGGACCUGGCCUCGCUUGGAAUAUCCAAUUGGCGCCACGCAGCGAAGGGAAGAAACGACUGGCGCGCUGUUGUUGACUCGGCUAUAAUCGCGUAAGCGGUGUCUACGCCAGUAAAGAAGAAGAUCCAGCCAGGAGCUAUGCGGUAAAAGCUGUUAAAUUUUGAUGUAAGAAAUAUAAUACCUUGUUUAUCUAAAAUAUCAAUAAAAAUUGAAAAAGAGAACAAAUGUA